UCCUCCUCCUUCUCCUCCAUCCUGUAGUGACAGGAUUUGUAACGUCAGUCUCGUGCAUGCCUCUUGUGUUUGUGUGUUUUCGGAUGUGUGUGUGGUUGGCUGGAGGAGUUACCACCGAAGCUCCUGCAGACAGACAUUUUCUCAUCCUCCGGGCUUUCCAUAAUCUGUCAGAUUAAACCAGCGCUGGAUGAGACGGACCCCCUUUGCGCUCCUGCGUCUCCAUCAUCCUCCUGUGAGCCGAAACACCACCCCAUUUUCUUCUUCUUCUUCUCUGUUAUUUAUAUAAAUCCAAUAAACCGAUGUCUUCUUCCUCGCUGAAAAUGACAGCCGAUCUGCCUGAGCGCUGUCCGCGGUGCUGAAACUCCCGCGACCUUCCACCUGCCGCGAAGAAAAGGCGGGUUUGAUGCGUCUCUGGCUGACAUUUGACGCAAAACCAAGCCCGCUAGAUACAUGCAGAACCGAGGACAAGUGGCGGAAAGGGUCGAACUACCUGUUAGCUUCACCGGGCUCGGGGAUUAUGGUGCCUCUGCUGCGCGACGGGACUGAGAAGUGUCGUUUCAUAUUCAUUCUGCAUCUUUGAAAUCGCAGCUGCAUACCUACUGACCUACUUUGUGCAAGUUGGGGGAAUCAAACCGACGCAGGGGAGGAAGAAGAAGCAGUGCGGACUGUUGUUGUAAGAGGUGAAGGUGAUGUGGGAACAGUGGUGACCCCGUGGGGAAACUUCUAGUGAAACGCAGGAGAGUUAAAAAGAGGGGAGAGAGGAAGAGGAGAAGGCGUGCAGAAGAGCCAGAGGUGCGUGCGCGGAGACAGAGAAGGUUAUGACCGCGUCUCUCCACCUGGACCUCGGGCUGCUGCUGCUGCUGCUGCUGGCCUGCUGGCGAACACCGGGGAUGGUCGGAGCAACUGUGCCAGCAGCUCCGGUGAAUGUCUCAGUGACCCAGCUGAGGGCGCACUCGGCCAUGGUGACCUGGAACGUCCCUCAGGGAGACACCGUCAUUGGAUACUCCAUCUCACAGCAGAGGCAGGAUGGCCUGAUGCAGCGCUCCAUCCGCGAAGUGAACACGUCCAGCCGCUGGUGCGUGCUGUGGGACCUGGACGAGGACACACACUACAGCGUCCAGGUGCAGUCUGUUGGGCCACAUGGUGACAGCCAGCCCAGCCGUGCCAUCCACUUCAGGACUUUGGAGAGGAGUGACCAUUAUCCAGCUGGAGUCCUGGAUCACCACGAACCGGCGAUGGAAGGUCUUGGCAUGACUCCUCACUUACAGACAGGAGAGCUGCUCAUUAUCACCACUGUACUGCUGCUGUGGGCAGCUGUCAUCGCCCUCUUCUGCCGACAGUAUGACAUCAUCAAAGACAAUGACUCCAACGGCAGCAAAGAGAAAGCCAAGAGGCCGCUGGUCCGCGCCACUUCCUCCUACUACAACGCUUCAGCCGGCAGCUCACCCAUUUACCACAACGGAGCCGUGCGCAGCAGCAGGCUCCACAGAGCCUCCUCCUCCAUCAGCAUCAUUAGAGUCUGAGUUUUGGUUCUGAGACUUACUGUACAGCGCAGGACGGGUGGACUCAGUCAUGUGCAACAUUUGCCUGAGGAACUUCAGUGGGAUUAUCAUGACAGAUAGAGAAUUUACGGACCUGACUAGAGUCUUAUGUGUUGAAAAAUAUGGGGAAAGUCAGAAACACUUUGUGAAAAUCAAACUGGGGAGGAAAUGGAGGAAUACUGCCCUCUAGUGGCAGAAGACUGCAGCAUUACUGGGAUGCACACUGCAGCUUUUUUAGGAGCUUUUCCAGGUGAACUUCAGCGCAAGAGGACAAAUUCUGACCUGCAGCCAAACUCAUUUCCUGUUGUACAAAAAAAAGUUUUAUUUCUGUUACGUCUUCUCUCUGAUUUCAAAAACUAACUGUGAAUAUUUGCCAGCAUGUCAGCCUCAGAUUAAUUGAACAGCUCUGUGUGUCAAGUUUGAGUGUUUUGGUUUAAAAUAAGAGUGAAAGAGAGUGUGUGUACAUUUGUUUCUCACUAUUUUCUGUCAUUUCUACAUUUAACUUUACCUCUUCUGUAUUUUUCAUCUCCUAAUCAGUAAUUAGUUGUACAGUACUAACAUCAGAAACUGUGUAUUAUAUGUAAUUAGAAUAUGUACAUAGGUCAAAUUGAAAAUGUUGAGUAAUUUACAACAUGUUCUCAUUCCCAGGUCAUGAAAUACCAACGCUCUGUCACGUCCCUCAGCAUGGCCACCUUCGAUACCACCAUUUAGCAUCCCUUACAGCCCCAUUUCAUCAACCAACUGCGUUAUUAUACCUUUGGAACCAAAAGUAACCCUUCAGACAUGGUACCCAGACCCUAGAUUCCUUUAGCGUUUCCACCGCAAACAGUACUCUUAAAUGUGGGCGGGUUUGUUCAUCAUCCACAGAAUGAGUGUAAAAACACAAUAGAACAGGCUGCAGUGAGAGUCUCUCUCCGUGUAAUAUUCUAAAAUAGCAGGUUUGUGCAUUUAGUCCUUGUCAGGCAAACACUUGGUUUCAGUGUGGCAGGAGCCCACAGGAACAACACUCUGUAAUAUAUUUUUUUUUUAUCUCCAAGUGAGAAUUGGUAUAUAUGCAAUUCACAUAAUCCGGAAGACUUUAAUAUAUUUUCUUAACCCAAAAAUGGGAAAAAAGAAAAAAGCUAGGGAAAACUGUCUUAACAGUUAUUAUUAUUAUUAUUGUUAUUAUUAUUAUUAUUAUCACAAAAUUAUGUUACAGAAUGAUUACUAUUUUUAAGCACUAUUUCCAGGUCAUUUCCUUGUUUGUAUUUCUGCGUUUCAUUUUCUAUUUUACUAAUUUCUUGCAAAUUUUUGAGGUCAUUUUUCGUUUGUUGUGCAUUGUCCGCUUCCCGUGUUUUCAAAAGAAAUCAAGCCAAUUUGUUCAGGUUUUAAAGGGUUAAACACUUGAAAUCUGCUCAUUACUGAAGGUAUAUGUCUUUAAACUAACCCUAAUGUAAACCCAUCUGCUGCAAUACUUGACGCUGAGAGAAACUGACGUAUUAUAAAGAGCGAGAAAGGGUGGGAGGAAGGCAGGGGGGAUGAACUUGCACCCAGAAGACCACAGAACUUGUCCUGUGUCAAACCAAAGUAAAUCUUGUUUUAAUGUUAAGUAAUUUAAGAAUGGUCAUCACAUACUGACAACACUCACAUGAGGAAAUUACAUCACAUUAGGUUACAGAUGUACUUAUUUUAACUCACAACAUGAUGUUUUUACUCAACCUGACCAAGUACAGGGUUCCUGUACAUCCUUAAAAAUGUUAAAAGGCAUUGAAGUCAUUAUCUAAAAAAAAAGCCUUGAUUUUAAAAUGUCUUAAAUCAAUCUCUCAAAAGACAUACAAAAAAGUAAUAAUAAUAAUUUACUCAAUGCCUGUAAUAUCACCAAAGAGAGUAUAUUACAAUAAACAUUUUGCCAAAAGUCUUACUCACAGGCACGUGCACAUAUAGACCCCAGGUGGUGCUCAAGCACCUGCCCCUUUGCCCUUUGACUUAAAGCGACACUUACCUUUCUGGAAAUUUUAUGCUUUUCUUUGUUUAGGUUAAAAUGCUAUUGAUAAGCUGAUGGCACACUAAAAUGUAAGUGAAUUCCGCCAGAGAUAAAAACUCAUAAUUGUACCAUUCUCAUACGGUUCAAAGAAAACUCUGACCAAUCAUUGCAUUUGGACCGAAUGCAAUGAUUGGCUGAGCGUCCUGCCUGUCUUCCUCACGUGGAGGCCUCCGCUUCAUCCUAAGCUAAAAAGGGACGAGAUGGUCGCAGAUUUUCUGCUGGACAGGUAUUUUUAGUUUGCCUCUAAUGUAACAUAGGCUAUAACGUUAUAUAUGACUCCUCUUCUCUUCUACUCUUCUCUUGGCGUGUUACACUCGCUCUCCUCUUCCGUGUAUCUCACGUUAUCUUGCCAACGCCUACGUUUAUCGUAGAUGUAAUGAGGAGUAGGUCUUUGGAGGGAGGUGAAGUUGCAGGAGGAGGGGGAUGGGACUUUAGAGGGAGGCGGGAGUUGUGGAUGUUCAAAUUUUUUGCUGUGUAAAAUGCAAGAAAGGUAAGAGUAGCUUUAAGUACCCUUUUUGUAAGGCAUGUUUUUUUUCUCCAUUUCUUUGAAUAAUUUUCUAUUUUAGUUUUUAAAUGUAUGUUGUAUGCUCAACAACUGUAUUUCAGUUGAGACUCUGCCGCAAAAAAAAACGAGCACCCUGCAGAACACGUCUCCUUGACAGCCAGGUAACAACAGUGUUUGUCCUAAGCCUCCACAUUGUUUGUCACUGUUGUGAAAUUACACAACUAUUAAAACAUCUCAAUACAACCAGUCAAACUUCGGCAAUAACGCACCAUUAAGCAUAACAACAAGUAAGGUACCUGGUGUAAAACCACACCAGAUUCGGGUUCACCAGUUCACUGACUGCCUGGUGUGAGCAGAGACAAACGCAAAAUUGCUUUGCAAAUAUGUCUUUUUAAACCAAAAACUCAAUUUGAAUUGAAGUUUAUGUCAACCACGUUACAUUUCUGUUAAUUAAUUUAAACAAAAAUGACCUGCAGUUUGGGCCUGCGCCGCAUAAAGAGCACAGAGGAUAGUAGGGGCACAAAACAACAUGCAUCUGUUCUCUGGGAUUCAUGAACAAUAUUUGGGAGAUAAUUAUAAGAAUUAGCGCAUUACUAUUUCAAAAAGAAAGGAGGAGAAGAGAAUGAGGGGAGGAAGAGAGCAAACUAAAGAAAGCAAAGGAAAGGACUACAGAAUGAGGAGAGGAGAGGAGAGGAGAGGAGAAUGCACUUAGACAUUUCCCCUGCUUGUUUCUCUGCACAAAUGUUCUUUGUGUACUUAGGCCUCAAGCUCAAGAAACCUUCUGGUGCUGGCAGAUAGAAAACUCCCAGCAGAGUGCGCUUUUUGGGUUUUUUGCACCUUUUGCCCUUUUUAUUACCACUUGAGCCCGUGCCCUGCAAAAUGUCUGUGCCCGGUACUGCUCCCUCACCUACAGGUAAUGAUGUCAGUUCAUGUUUUUUUUUUUUUCUUGAAUUGGUCUUCAUGCCUUUCAGGCAUGAAGUAUGACUACUUCAUUCAUGAUUAUUUUCCUAAGUGUUAAUAUCCUUCUUUGAUCAUGAAAAACAAAAAUUUGGAACAAAUUGAUGUACAAUGUGAAAGUAUAAAAAUAUAUAUUUUUAAUGCUGUCAAACUAGAGUGUUCACAUAUUUUAACAUACUCCAAUUUUAUUCAAAGCGUUGAACCUUGCUCCUGUCUCCUCACCCACUCCCCUCUCUUUCUCACCUCCCUCUUGGAUCCAUCUUCCCUCAUUCAGCUCCUUCCUCUUGACUCCCCAGCCCCCCACACACCUUCCCUUUUAAAACUAUGUAUAUUCUUUCAAUGAACGUUUUCUAAAAAAUACCAAAAUCUUGUCAAAAAAUUGUUUUUGUCAAAAAAAUUGCAUGUUACAUUUUGAUAACAUUAAUUAAUUUAUUUACAGCUCAAAAGUCACUGCAGAUGAAAUACAAAGUUAACUGUAGUUGAAAUACAGCCAGUGCUGCAUGACGUUCAGUUUAGUGGGCCAUCUUGGUUUUCAGAGAUUUGUGUUGCACUUAUAACACCUGGCCAGUGGGUGGUAGUGUAUGGCAAGACGCAUGGGGGUCCAUGGUAGAAGUUUUUAUGCAACUAUAGCAUCAGUGUCCAUGCAUAUAAAAGGAAAUGUUUUUUAAAUAACUGUCUACUGUAGUGACCACAAGUCACUACAGUCUUAAUCCCACUUGCCUUACGAUGCAGUAACCCUGAAGUAGUUUUGUGGCCUAAACAUAGCCGUGACCUUUUCACAACAUUAUCCACUUGUUGCAUCACUGUCUGUCACAUAGAGACAAUAAAGUGUGUCCUGUGCAUUGCUAUGAGACGCUGAGGGGCAUGACAAAAUGUCAGUAUUUGAUGACCUGGGAAUGAGAUGGGGUUGCAAUCUAAGUAUAAUUCAAACAGAUAUUUGAAUAUAUGGGAUGCUGAAUUUACACUGUAAACUUUCGUAAUCUGUUUAAUUAAAUCAUCUCAUCAUUUAAAUGUUCAGAUAAUCACUCUAUAUUGUUAUCACGUCUUAAAAUUAAGACUAAAAGUCAGUCUGAUUGUUCACUCAUUAAAUUAAGUUGUUUAGAAACAAAUCAUCUCAUUAGCAUACUUCCCAGCCUGCAUUGUUUUGAAGUUACAACUUUCCAGAAUGCAACAGCAAAUCAGUCCUGUUUAACUUAUUUUGGUGAUAGAGAUUAUUGAUUAAAUGUUUUUAUUUUUGGUAUUGUUGGAUUGUAAAUUACAUGGAAUACAUGUGUAAAUGUAGUUUAAAGGAAUGCUUCACCUGCAAAAUGACAAUUUGUAUAUUAAUUACUCACCCAGUGUUAACUGGAAAUUGUGAGGAAAGCUUUGUUUUUAUCACGUGCCUCCACAGUGUACGAAGAAUCCACAAAAGGCAAACCUACUUCAUGAAUUGAAGUAAACAGGGACCAGAUUUAACAACAGCAAAACUAUAUCAAAACAUCUGUUUACAAACUCUCACACAACUCAUGCAGUGAAAUCCAAUUCUCAUUUAUCCAUUCGUAUGCUCAGAACUUCCUAAACAUAUGAACACCUACAAGAAGCACGCCCUGAGCAUGUGCCUAUGUAUGAGCAGAGUACAGAUGCAAGCAUGUGCCCAGGCUUCCUACUUGGAGUAGUGUACACUGCACAAGUUCUGUGAGAGUUUAUUAAUUAAUCUUUUGAAACAGUUUUGCAGUUUAAGGAGAACCUUUGUUCAAGUUAUCAAAAUGUUCAUUUAUUUUGGAUUCUUUGUUCACUGGCAUGCGAGAGAAAAAAAAAUGCUUACUUGAUGAAUUCAACGUAACUCAGGGUGAACAAGUGCUAUACAAAUUUUGCAUGUGUACAGUAUUCCUUUAACAAGAGUCACAUCCGGAUACAAUCCAUGUCAUACUGUAGUAAUUAAAGCUGCACUAGGCAACAUUCUUCUCCCAUACCCAUUUUAAAUGCCACAUAUUCAGGCCUACUUAUUGUUUCUUGUCCUGACACAUUUAGUUUUAGCAAUGUUGCUGCAGGAUGUCUGGCCACACAAAUAAAGUUUGUAAAACUAAUAAUAAACUGGACCCAGUUGU